AUCUGAAGUAUAGUUGGAUGAUGUUAAAAAAAAUCGCGAAGAAUUUAUGAUUUUUUUUAAACAGAGCUCAGCUUAGUUGAGACGCUUAAAAAUCGUCUUUAAAUGGCUUUAACAAUGACAAACUAUAUUUUCAUUUAAAGUAAAUGUUGUCUAGUUUACAGUGAAGUAAUUGUUAAUUAUUUUUUUUUUUAAUUUCUUUAGUUAUUGCUUCCAAUUAAACAAGAAACACGAUUUACUUAAAAAAACAUAAAACUUGUAUUUCCUACUUCUCUAAUAAAAAUUGGCCCAUUGUUUAUAUGUACUUGAUGUCUGCUAUCUCUCCUAUUAAAAUUUUUCUCUUCUUACUCGGACUCGGUCUAUAAUACUGUUCCUUAUCAGACAUUACAUCAUGGCAUUAUAUAGAGCUAUUUCAAUUAUUAAUAGCCAAUUCAGAACUGAUAUAUAUAUAUAUAUAUAUAUAUAUAUAUAUAUAUAUAUAUAUAUAUAUAUAGUAACGUAAUUUUAAUAUGCCGUUUAUUUUCCUCUUCACGCCUAUUUAUAAAAGAUACUGAAGAGUCGGAGGAAACUUUGUGUUGACUAACAGCUGUGAAAAAGAGAAACGCUCUGCAGGGCUUCUGUGCCGCUACUAAGGAGUACUGUCCCCCUGGGGAGAGGGGGGCACCCGGUGACGAAGGCCAACGGGGCGAGCAAGGUGCCAAAGGGGAUCGAGGUGAGCGUGGCUUUCCUGGAGACCCAGGCCCGAGGGGGCCACCAGGAGAUCCCGGUCCACGUGGGCCAAGGGGCGAUCCAGGUCCUCCAGGAGCCCCUGGACUGGAUGGAAGAGAUGGUGUCCCAGGCGAACCAGGACUAGAUGGAGUGCCAGGAAGAAAUGGCCUAGAUGGGAUCCCUGGCAGUAAAGGUGCACCGGGCAUCGAUGGAAUUCCUGGCAUACCUGGAACUAAUGGCAGCAAUGGAAUACCAGGAAGAAUGGGACCUCAAGGACCACCUGGCCCCAUGGGACCAAAAGGUUUAGCUGGACCUAGAGGAAAACCAGGUAAACCAGGGAUAAACGGGAUACCUGGAACACCAGGCAUACAAGCUUAUGAAGUCACAAUAAAUGGAACAAAGAGCUCAGAACUUCUAAUACCACCAGCUAUUGUAGGUUCUGAAACAAUGUUUGGAAGCAGACCAAUUACUGUACGUGAGAAGGACAAUGUACGAUUAAGAUGUGCUGCUACUGGAAACCCACCACCUACAGUGCAAUGGAGAAAGCUUGAUAAAUCAACAAUAGGUCUUGGUAAAUGGCAAGAAUAUUCUAUCAUAAGUCCAAUACUCAACAUUACUCGAGUAAACAGAGGUCACAUGGGGCUAUAUAUGUGCAUAGCAGGAAAUGGCAUUCCUCCAACAGUUAAUCAGACCUUUAACUUAGAAGUUCAUUUUUCUCCUCUCAUAAAAAUCUACCAUCAACGUAUAGCUGUGACAAAUACUUCCCUUGCAAGACUUGAGUGUGAAGUUGAAGCAUAUCCAGAUGGUUUGAAGUAUUGGGAAAGAUCUGGUGGGCGAGUUGUUGAACAGUCAGAGAAAUAUAGUAUUGGUGUUAUCGAGUUGGGCAAAUACAGGUCAAUAAUGCAGUUAAACAUAAGUGAUUUAAACUAUUUUGAUUAUGGUUUAUAUCACUGUGUGAGCAAAAAUGAAAUUGGUCUAACAAAAGGAAAUUUUACCGUUUAUGAUGCAAAGCAUGGAUUAAUAACAAAAUUAGAUGAAAGUGGUACUUAUGGAGAGCUUUCACCAGAAAAUGUGGAUCUUGAUGAUUUAUGUGGCCCUCCUGUUCAGUGUCCUGAAUGUCCAGAUCCAAAAGAAUUUCACUGCAAACUUGGCAUUUAUUCUCUAUAUGAUCUCUUGGGCCAUCGUGAAUUAGAAAUCAGACCACUUGACUCAAAUAAAACAUACCCUGGUCUACCCAACAGAACAUUGGAUUGUCAAGUACAUAGUGUUGGAAAGCCUGUGUUCCAUAAAGUUUCAGAUUCACUUUAUGGCAGCUGGAUGAGAGAUCCUUUACCUCGUGGAGACAGUGACAAAUAUUGGGUAACAAAAGAAAAUGAAAGUUCUACAUUGUAUGAAUAUGGGAACAAAACAGCAUAUAGCCUUGAUGUGGCACCUAAAGUUUACAGAUUGGAAUAUCCAUUCUCUGGUAAUGCUCACACUAUAUACAAUGGUUCAUUUUACUAUAACCAUAAACAAAAACCACAUAUUGUGAAAUAUGAAUUAAGUAGUGAAAGAAGUCAAAUUUUGCAAGUCCCACAUGCUCUAGCAAAUGAGUCCAAUUUUCUUUACACAACGUUCUACAAUUAUAUGGAUUUCGCUGUAGAUGAUAAUGGUUUGUGGGUUAUUUAUGGUCUACCUAUCACUAAUAAUACAGCAGUAAUUAAAGUAGAUGCUUAUAACUUUGAUAUCCAGUUUGCUUGGAAUAUUAGCCUGAAACAUCAAAAAGCUGGUGAGAUGUUCAUUGUGUGUGGAGUAUUGUAUGCUGUUGACAGUACAACAGAAAGAAAAACUAACAUAAGAUUUGCUUUGGAUCUAUACAAAAACCAACUACUAGAAGAUGUGAACGUGGAAUUCACAAAUCCAUUUAGGAAAACUACAAUGAUAGGUUACAAUCCACGAAAUAAGGAACUGUAUACAUGGGAUAAAGGUAACCAGCUCACUUACCCUAUAAGAUAUCAUGAAAUCGGUUACAAUAUGACUAAAGAAGACAAAGGAGAACCAGAAGCUAAUGCUUUAAAUCAAACAGGAUUUGAUGUUGAAGAAAAAUCAUAAUUUAAAAUAUUUUAGUAAAAUAUCAAAUUUAUAUACAUUUUUCAGUUUUUUAUCAUUUUUAAGCAUAAUUCCAUAUGGAAAUAAAAAUAUAAAAAAUAAGUUAUAUUUUUUGGAUUUAUAUACAUUGAACUUAUAUGUUUGUAUUACUCCAUUAAAUCUAAGAGAUCUUACAGUUUUCAUUCAUAAUCUCUUAUGGAAUUUAUUUAAUGGAAAACAUAGCAAGGCAGUUUAAAAAUUUAUUUGAUUAUGUACUUACUAAAUGAGCCUUUUUCGGAUUAAUACUUGAGUAUUAAUUUUUAUGAUGGUCUUUUGAGGUAUAUUCAAAUAGAAAAGCUGUUUAAAUUUCUAUUCUUGUGUUGCAGAUCAAAUAUUUGUUUACAGUUGCGUUGUACUUAAAUAUUUGAAUUUCAAAUAGUAAUUAAGAAUGAUCAUUUUUUAACCUGGUCUAUUCAAAUUGUAUUCAGAGGUCUUAUUUCAUCUUAAAUUGUUUACAGAUGAAUAAAACAAAUCUAUUAAAAUGUUAAUCAUAUAUAUUUUAUAAAAAUAAUAAUUUGUAAUGUUUUGUACUCAAUAUAUUUUUGCUAUAAUAUGAAGUAUUAUUUUGUCUUUUAUA